UAUUUUUCUCUCUCUCUCUCCCUCUCCUCCCCCCGCACUUUAGGAGAAAUUUAGGAAGACGUACAAGUGUCAGUCUGCAACUCCAUCUGCAGAGAUUUCCAAUUUCCAUGGGAGAAGUUGAAGAAAGAUUGUUGGAUAUCACAAGUUGUGAUGAGUCUGAGGAAGUCAAAGGAAACCAGGGUUCAAAAUUGUGUGGCACUGGAAACAGUCACUGGAAAUGGUGGCUGCAAGUAGCUUUCUUUACAAUUUCUACUUUGGCAGGGAUAGUAGCUUCAACUCUGCUUGGCAAGGUGUACUAUGACCAAGGUGGCAAGAGCAAAUGGCUUGUUGCAGCUCUGCAAACCGCCGGGUUUCCAAUCCUCGUACCAUUCCUAGUCAUUUCAUCGCCCAAAACCCCCGAACAAGAACCCAGAAACCCUCCAUCUCUUGUUGUUCUUGCUUCAAUUUACAUUGUGCUUGGUGUUAUUCUAGCUGCUACAGGGAUUUUCUACUCGGUAGCCAUAGAAUACAUCCCGGCCUCUACUUACACUCUUGUGAACUGCAGCCAGUUGGCGUUUAAUGCCCUCUUUUCCUUCUUCCUCAAUGCCCAGAAGUUCAGUCCUUGCAUUAUCAACUCCGUCGUGCUCCUCACCUUCUCCCCGAUGCUCCUCAUAUUCGGGCAAGAGUCGGGUGAGAGCGAGGUGAUGGGAAACGAGAACUACAUACUAGGUAUCCUGUUCACCCUCGCCGCCUCUGCCUUCCCCGCCCUGUUGUUGUCCCUAACACAGCUCGCGUUUGAGAAGGUCAUCAGGAGCGAGAGCCUGAAGGAUGUGAUUGAGAUGACGAUUUUCCAGUCUCUGGUGGCCACUUUGGUGACCCUAGUAGGGCUAGUUGUCACCGGGGAGUGGACCACCCUGAGCCGGGAGAUGUUGGAUUAUGAGCCCGGCGUGUUCUCUUAUGUGAUGGUCUUGGUUUGGACGGCCAUAUCGUGCCAAUGUUACACGUUUGGUGCGGUUGCCUUGACGUUUAAGGUUUCUUCUUUGUUCUCCAAUGUUGUUAUAAGGUUAGGCACCCCAAUUAUCCCAUUCCUCUCGGUCAUAUUUUUGGGUGAAGAGAUGAGUGGUCUGAAAGUGAUGGCUUUGUGGUUGGCUCUGUGGGGUUUUGCCUCCUACAUAUACCAGCAUUACCUUGAUGAAAAGAAAGCUAAUAAUAACAACAAUGGUGUUGGUGAUGAAGCUCAAGACUCCACUGAACAACUCAAGAUAAGUGCAUUUUAGUGAUUGAUUUGAGUUGUAAAUUGAAUAAUUAAAAGUAUACAUAUAUUGGUAAGUGUGUAAAAUACGGCAAAUUGUGUGGACCACGGUCCAAAACGACGUCGUUGA